AUGACAAUAAAUGCUGCCUUUCAAACACGUAUUGAUCAUCUAACAAAAGUCUUCUAUCCCGAACGUGAUCCUUUAAGUAUUCUAAUUCCUGUUACAAUUAUAUAUGUGAUAAUAUUUUUAACGGGAGUAAUCGGGAAUGUAAGUACGUGUAUAGUGAUUUAUCGUAAUAAAUCAAUGCAUACAGCGACAAAUUAUUAUCUGUUUAGUUUAGCAAUCAGUGAUUUAUUACUGUUAAUAUCAGGUUUACCACCGGAAGUUUAUCAUAUGUGGUCACCGUGGGUUUAUGCGUUUGGUGAAACAUUUUGUUUUGUUCAGGGCUUAGCGGCUGAAACAUCCGUUAAUGCAUCGGUUUUUACAAUAACAGCAUUUACAGUGGAACGUUAUGUAGCGAUUUGUCAUCCAUUUUUAUCGCAUACAAUGUCGAAAUUAUCGCGUGCUAUAAAAUUUGUUGUUGGUAUAUGGAUUGUUGCGGUUUGUUUGGCGUUACCACAAGCUGUACAAUUUGGUAUCGAUGAGAAAUAUUUAAAUGGUGAGAUUGUACAAAGUCGAUGUACGAUCACAUGGAUUUUAAUACCACAUGGAUUUGAGAUUUCAACAUUUGUGAUUUUUAUAACACCGAUGACAGCUAUUACAGUGCUUUAUUUAUUAAUUGGUGUUAAAUUGAGACGUAGUCGUAUUUUAACCGUUAAAAAACCACAAAAUGAGAUGCGUAUCACAACAACACAUGGUGGGGGUGGUGGUGGUGGCAAUGGGAAUGGGAGUAAUGGGGGUGCUGCCACUUCGAGUAUUUGUGGUGGUAGUGCAACGGCUGGUACAGGUGCAUUAAAUGGACGUAAUUCUGCACGUAGUUUAUCAGCACAGAAUCGUGUAAUUAAAAUGUUAGUAUCAAGUCUACCAUUGCAAUUGUAUGGUUGA